UCAAAUGGAGUAAUAAUAAUAUCUUUCUUUAUCGGAUAGGAGGUGGCAGUAAAGCACCCAAGCAGCAGCUGUCUUGGACUGCGAAGCCGAGGAGAGAUGGUGUUCCGCUCCUGCUCCGCCACCCCGCCUCGCUCCGCAGCUCCGUCUCCGUCUCCUGCUGGGCGACAGCGGAGGGGGGCGAGAGCCGCGGCUACGAGAAGGUGGCCAUGGACACCCCCGGCGCGUACAGGCUGGUGGACCGGGCGCCGUGUGUCGUAUCGGGAGGCACCGACGAGGGCGACGAGGCCAGCAUGCCCUCCCCGGAGGCGCUCUCCGGGACCACCGACCGUCCCAAGAAAGGUAGUGGGGGAAGUACAGGUAUCGGGAAUUUUGGCAGGUUCAAGGCGCAGAAAGUAAAAUCCUUAGUUACGAGAUCAACUCACCUCAAGAGAGAGAGUUUUAAUCGCGCAAGCAUCAACCGGUCUGAUGAAUCUACUUUUUAUGAUGCUGAUGAAGACGAAAGUUUUUUUGAAAGAAGAAAGGAUGUUUCGGACUUAGAUUGA